UUGUCUGAAACGGUGCUGGAAAAUGAGCCUCUCGGACUGUAAGGCACUCAAAAUAUGACUAGAGAAGAGCUGCCUCUCAAAGUAGAGUUGACUUUAAUGACAUGGCUGUAAUCAAGCUUUCUGGACCUUCACUGGCUGAUGUGGCACAACUCAAAAUGAGAAGACACAACUGCAAACAUCCAUUAAUAAUUGGAACACAGGAAGCACAAAGUAUGCAUCUAGAAAAAUUGAAAGUCGUCAAAGAUGAAAUGGAAUGCAUAAAGAUGGACAUCUUAAGCAUUAGCGAGCUGUAAUGGACUGGUAUUGGACAUUUUUAAUCAGACAAUCUCAUAAGUUCUACUAUGCCAGAAAGACAGGUUGAAGAGGAAUGACAUUGCAUUCAUCGCCAAAAAAAACAUUUCAAGAUCUAUCCUGAAAUACAAUGCUGUCAGUGAUAGAAUAAUAUCCAUAUGCCUACAAGGAAGACCAGUUAAUAUGACUAUUAUUUAACCAACCACUAUUGCCAAAGGUGAGGAAAUUGAAGAUUUUUACCAAAUCUAACAGUCUGAAAUUGAUCAAACAUGCAAUCAAUAUGCAUUGAUAAUUGCUGGUGAUUGGAAUGUGAAAGUUGGAAAUGAUGAAGAAGGAUUGGUCGUUGGGGAAUACGGCCUUGGUGACAGAAAGGAUACCAGAGAUCCCAUGAAAGAAUUUUGCAAGACCAAGGACUUCUUCAUUGCAAAUACCUCUUUUCAAAAUAUAAAUGGCAACUGUACACGUGGACCUCGCUAGACGGAAUACACAGGAAUCAAACUGACUACCUUUGUGGAAAGAGACAAUGGAAAAGCUCAAUGUCAUCAGUAACAAGGCCAGGGCCUAACUGCAGAACAGACCAUCAAUUGUUCAUAUGCAAGUUCAACCUGAAGCUGAAGAAAAUUAAAACAAGUCCAUGAGAGCCAAAAUAUAGCCUUGAGUAUAUCCCACCUGAAUUUGGAGACCACCUCAAGAAUAGAUUAGAUGCACUGAACACUAAUGACUGAAGACCAGAUGAGUUGUGAGAAAGCACCAAGGACAUCAUACACAAAGAAAGCAAAAGGUCAUUAAAAAGACAGGAAAGAAAGAAAAGACCAAAAUGGAUGAGAAGGGACUCUGAAACUGCUUUUGAACGUCGAGUAGCUAAAGUGAAUGCAAGAAAUGAUGAAGUAAAAGAGCUGAACAGAAGAUUUCAAAAGGCAGCUUGAGAAGACAAAGUAAAACAUUAGAAUGAAAUGUGCAAAAAGAUCUGGAGUUAGAAAACCAAAAGGGAAGAACAUGCUUGGCAUUUCUCAAGCUGAAAAAACUGAAGGAAAAAUUCAAGCCUGGAGUUGCAAUUUUGAAGGAUUCUAUCAGCAAAAUAUUGAAUGACACAGGAAGCAUCAAAAGCAGAUGGAAGGAAUACAGAAUUACUGUACCAAAAAGAAUUGGUUGAUGUUCAUCCACUUCAGCAAGUAGCAUUUGAUCAAGAACCAAUGGUACUGAAGAAAGAAGUCCAAGCCACGCAGAAGGCACUGGCAAAAAACAAGGCUCCAGGAAUUGACUGAAUGCCAAUUGAGAUGUUUUAACAAAUGGAUGCAACGCUGGAGGUGCUCACUUGUCUACGUCAAGAAAUUUGGAAGACAACUACCUGGCCAACCGACUGGAAGAGAUUCAUAUUUAUGCCCAUUCCAAAGAAAGGUAAUCCAACAGAAUGUAGAAAUUAUAAAAAAUACCAUUAAUAUGACUCCCAAGUAAAAUUGUGCUGAAGAUCAUUCAAAGCAGUUGUAGGACAUUGACAAGGAACUACUAGAAAUUCAAGUUAGUUUCAGAGGAGGAUGUGGAAUGAGGGAAAUCAUUGCUGAUGUCAGAUGGCUCUUGGCUGAUAGCAGAGAAUACCAGAAAGAUAUUUACUUAAUGUUUUAUUGAUUACGCACAGGCAUUUGGCUGUGUGGAUCAGAACAAACUAUGGAUAACACAGCGAGAAAUCGGAAUUCCAGAACAUUUAAUUGUUCUUAUGCGGAACCUGUACUUAGAACAAGAGGCAGUCGUUCAAACAGAACAUGAGGAUACUAAGUGGUUUAAAAUCAAAAAAGGUGUGUGUUGGGGUUGCAUCCUUUCACCAUACUUAUUCAAUCUGUAUGCUGAGCAAACAAUUCGAGAAGCUGGACUGUAUGAAGAAGAAUGUGGGAUCAGGAUUGGCGGAAGAAUCAUUAACAACCUGUGAUAUGCAGAUGACAGAACCUUGCUUGCUGAAAGUGAAGAGGACUUGAAGCACUUACUGAUAAAGAUCAAAGAGUACAGCCUUCAGUAUGGAUUACAUCUCAACAAAAAGAAAACAAAAAUCUUUACAACUGGACCAAUAAGCAAUGUCAUGAUAAAUGGAGAAAAGACUGACAUUGUCAAGGCUUUCAUUUUACCUGGAUAUUAAUCAAUGCCCAUGGAAGCAGCAGUCAGAAAAUCACAUGACGUAUUUUAUUGGGCAAAUCUGCUGCAAAAGACCUCUUUCAAGUGUUAAAAAGCAAAGGUAUCACUUUGAGGACUAAGGUGCACCUGGUCCAAGCCAUGAUAUUUUCAAUCACUGCAUAUGCAUGGGACAGCUGAACAAUGAAUAAGGAAGAAUUGAUGCCUUUGAAUUAUGGUAUGGGCACAGAAUAGUGAACAUGCCAUGGACUGCCAGAAGAACAAACAAGUCUGUCUUGGAAGAAGGACAGCCACAGUGCUCCUUGGAAGCAAGGACAAAGUCUCACAUACUUUGGACACAUUAUCAGGAGGGACCAGCCCCUGGAGAAGAACAUCCUGCUUGAUAAAGUAGAGGGUCAGGGAAAAAGAGGAAGACCCUCAAUGAGAUGGACUGACAAAGUGGUUGCAACGAUGGGUUCAAGCAUAACUAAGAUUGUGAGAUGGCGCGAGAUCAGGAAUGUUUCACUCUGUUGUACUUAGUGUUGCUAUGAGUUGUAACCAACUCAAGGGCACCUAACAACGACAACAUGCUUAUUGCUAAAUUGUCCUUGGGAAAGUUUGUACUAACUUAUACUUCAACCAGUAGUAUGUUCAUAACCUCAGGAAUGGCUUUUUUUUUUUUUUUAAGUGAAGAGGUAAAAAUACAAAUAUUUUUGUAUUUGAGAAAAUUUAAAUAUGACUCUCCAUUCAUAUAGUGAAUAAUUUAUUUCCUUCAAAGGUGUCAAGAAGAUAGAAGGAUCUUUUUUUGCGUCAGAAAAAAGAGUCAGACAGUAUAGUUGUUUAACCUUAAGUGUUUUUUAAAUCCGAUUCCUCAUCUCUAAUGUGAGGAUGUUUAAAUCUGUCCUAGUAAACCCAGUGUUUUGUGAGGAUACAGUGAAAUAACGCAUGUGAACAUGCUUUGAAACUAUAAUGUUAUGGCAGUGUAAUGGAUUGCUUUUUGUGUGCCUUUCUAGCCAUGGUCUUGUAACUCCCACUAGGUGAUUGGGUGGGAUCGUGUGAUAUGGUGAUUGUGACCCACUAAAUGGAUUGGUCAGUUUCACCAUCCUGCUGGGAUUGAAAUGAGCCACCCCAGAGGCAGGAAAGAGAAGAGCCCACCACCACCAGGGAAGAAGAGACCGGUAGGAGAGACCCACAGGAGAUACCCUCAGGAGAUGGCACAGUGGGCUUCACGGCCCAUGGAGCAAGAAAGAUGAGUGUCUGUGGGCAGAGAUUGAGAGACCAGGGAAAAGCCUACGCCUGACCCACGAAUUUUGGAUUUGCCUGCCUCCACAACCUCAUGAGCCAUUUGCUUUACAUGGCUGGUUCCUGAGUUCUCUGAGAUGUUGUAGACAAUUAGGGAACCUAAAGACAGGAGGGAGAGUGCUGAAGGGAAAGGGCGUAGCUGAUGUUAGAGAUGAUGGAGUAGUACAGAAGCUUGGAAAAGUUGGAUAUUUGGGACAUCUUUAACCUCCACCUUAUAGGAACCAGCUUUGUGCUGAUUCUUGUAAAAGAAAUUAUUUGUUUAGUUACAUAGAUGGAAAGUAGUAUUUUAAUUUAUCAUUAUUGAUGUAUGCACAAGAUUGGGUAGAUGAUUCAUUAGACUGCUGUUUCUUUAAGUAUCGUUAAACUUAAUAUCUUAUAUCAAUCUUAAUAUCAAUAAUUUUCUCCAUUUUCAACCUCAACAUGAUCAGAAAGGUGAUUUUUAAAUCAAUUUUAUUUAGUUUUCUUUUGUUUACUUGAGAAGAGAGAAACAAUGAUUAUGCCACAUAGCCAAUUAUGGCUCAGUUUCCAAUUCCAUUAAUUUGGUUUGUCUCAGAAAAGGAAAAAUUAGCAUAGAAUUAUGUAUUAAGGAUUCAUUUUAAAUCUAAGAAUAUCUGGUACUUAUACACAAAAUUUGAGUGUAUUCCCAACUUGUUUACAUCAGUGCCUAACAGUUUUGUUUUCAAAGUUAUGUCAAUAGAUUUUCAUAAAAAAGAUAGUUUGAAGAAGGUCAGUCUGAAUAAUUAUGACCAGAUGAAACACAAAGCCAAGGAGAAAAUUAGUAUUCAGUGGGCACUUGCUAAAUCUAAAAGCCAGCACUCAUCAUGCCUUCACUAAAGGAGGAAAAAUAAGAAGGGAGGAAGGACUAGCAAGACAUAAAGGAGAAAAAAAUAACUUAAAAAAUACUAAAUUAAAAAAAAAAGGUAAUGUCUACCAAACAACCUUGCAUCUUGGGCCCAUGAAGUUGUUAGCCCAGACUAUCUGCCUGCCUCGGUAUCACUAUUGCUCUCAAAAAUUCUGCACUGCACUUGGCCAAGACUAAAAUUACUGAAGGCAUUCAGUUUCAGCACCUGCAUUUUAUUAAAUCUCAUUGUUUGCAGGGUGUCUUUGCUAAAGGGAAUAAUUUGCAGGAGGAGGUUGGAGCACAGAAAGGGAGAGACCAGGAAGAAAAGGAGAUAAAUCUUUGUCUUUCUUAUUGCCCAUAGAAUAAUAAAAUGUAAAAGAGAUCUUACAGAGUCAUUUAGUACAAUCCUUCACUAUAAAGCUGAAGAAACAGAUCCACGUGACACAAAGAGAUCAGUGGCAGACUCAGGAAAAAAAAUCUGCUCUUCCCACAGCACCACCUUGACUCUCUUUUUUGUAUCUUAUUUUAGCCCCCAAACCGAAGACCAUUAGUAAUUAAAAAGAUCAAUAUCGCUGCCAAAAACAGUCCUGAUCUUUCAGGUUUUUCUUUGUAACUAAGAGACUGUGCUAUCCCUAAAAUAAAACAUUGCAGUUUUGUAGGCUGUGCAACGUGUUUGUAUUCAUUAUCUCAUUUGAUCCUCACAAAGACCCUGUGAGGGAAGGCAAAAAAGAUAUUAUUGUCCCCAUUUUAAGAAUGAACAAUUAAUGGCCAGAGUUGUCCAAUGACUGGCCUAAGGGCACCUAGACUCAGGAAGGUGCCAAGACUCUAACGCUAUUCCUAAAUUUGCUACCAGAGAGGAAACUUCCCUGCACCCAAAACACCAAUCUGGCUCUUUAUCCCCUUGCCUAGGAAGUUUCCAUCCCCAGAGGCGCUGCACUAGUUUAGGAAAGCUUGAGUCUAACCACCCACAGAGGAUACUCCUAGUUUGAUUCUAGUUCUCACCUUUAAAAGCGCAGUUUCUUAUCCUUUCCCUUGGUCCUGCUCCUUAUUUAGGCUCCUAUUUUUAUCUUUAGUUUUGGCCCCCUGGGUCUCACUUCAAAGCUCCACCCUCUCCAAAGAAAAACUCGCGUCCUAGGUAUCCAAGGAGACCACACACACGCACACGGACUUGCCCACCUUUCCCCUUCAGCGCUUUCCAUUGGUCAGAUGGAUUUCCAUCUAGAUUCUUUCGCCCCUCCAAUGGCCAAUGGGCUCGAGGCAAAGAGAGCGCGCCUUCCGUCCCAGUUCAAAACGUGCUCUCAGUACGCUGUCUACGCUGCGAAUUGCCUCCUGUGAUUUGUAGUUUCCGAUCUGGUCAGAGCCCUUGCAUGUGUAACCAUGUAGAACUACCUAUCCCGUCGGCCUUCGCGAAAGGGGACGGGGUGAACUAGGAGUCCAGGUCAGGGUUGAUUACUUAGAGCUUUGAAAUUUCAACUUGCCUCUGCGGCUUGUGCGGCAGAGGUUUAAAUCUCCCAGCAGAGUUGAUAGGCUUGCUCUUGCUUCAGCAUGCCCUCGCAAACGUCUCUCCUUUGACUUGAGGAGGCUCAGUGGCCAAGUCAGCCGCUGCAAGUGACUCUUCCUGUGGCUGAGGGGAUCUGAGGGGGCGCGAGAGAGGCAUGCCAUGUUCGCCCCCUGCUCAGGCUGGGGGCGCGGCGGCCUUAGGCUCUGCCAGCUCCGAGUGUGGAUCGGCGAGGCCGUUGAGCGCGGCACGUGUCGGGCUUACCAGGCUCGGCUGUACGGCUCGGGCGGGUGUGAGCGCGGGCCGGGCUCGGAGCCGAAGGUGACUCCCCCUGACCCCGAGCGCCGGACGCUGAAGGAGUGGACGCUGCUGGUGAGCCCGUUCGGCCGGCUCCUGGCGCGGCUCCCGUGCGACCUAACCGUGAAACCCCUCGACCCCCUCACGUACCCGGACGCUGACCGUGUGCUGGUGGCCGUGAGCGGCGUGGAGGGCGGGGCGCAGGGCCUGGAAGGCCUGCAGGUGAGGUACGACAAGGAGCGAAAGGAGAUGGCCAUCGUGUCUGAAACCAUCGACCCCCAGGCCUCGGUGGAGGUGGAGGCGCCCCUGAAGUUCGAUUUGAAUAUCAAGUCAUCAGGGUCUGGUUGUGUAAAAGUCCAAAAAAUUGAGUGUGAUAAUUGCAAAAUUGAAACAGAGCAAGGGACCAGCAUCUUACAGUCUGUUAAGAGACCAUCUCAAGAAUGGAUGCUAUCUAAGGGAUAUGAAGGUCAAAAAUUACAUGUUCAAACAAAAGGAGGAAAGGUGAUUUGUUUGGGAACAGUUUAUGGAAAUAUAGAUAUUCAUGCAUCAGAGAAAAGUACUGUGACGGUAGAUAAACUGCAGGGAAGUUCUGUUAAUAUUUCUACUGAAGAUGGUUUGCUGAAAGCCAAGUAUCUUUAUACAGAAUCAUCAUUUCUGUCUUCUGCUGCUGGGGAUAUUACAUUAGGAAGUAUUCAUGAUUCAUCCUCUGGAUGUCUAAAGGCCUCAACUCAUCAGGGUGCCAUAGAUGUUUAUAUCAGCCAACUGGGAGAAGUGGACUUAAAAUCCCAUAAAGGCUCUAUUAUUGUCAAGGUACCAUCUUCUCUUCAAACUAAUGUACAGUUAUCAGGGAAAGAGGUUGACGUGAACUCAGAGAUCCAUGUUCAGGAGAUGGCUGAAGUGCACAAAGAUGAUGGUAUAACAAUUACUGGGAUCAUGAAUGAAGCAGGCAAACAUGAAAAAUGGAUUAAGGCUGAUGCCCCAAAAGGCAGUGUAAGUUUUAGAAGUCAAAGCUGGUUUCAGUCCUUGAAACUGCAGGACUAAGGAUGGUUUAAGUUGUAUUUAUAAAAUUUAAACAUUGAAAAGCAGCUCUGUGACUACAAACAUGCAAAUACCACUGUUCAUAUAAAUGUCAACAACAAAUGGAAAUGAAUACUGGUGAAUUGUGUUUUGGAGGGGGUCUUCUUCAAAGUUUGUGCUUAGCUAUUAGUUUUUUAUUACUGUGUAACAAAUUACCAUAAACAGAUCAGCUUAAAAUAACACCUAGUUAGGAACCCACACUUCUGUAGGUUGGAAGCCCAGUACUGCUGAGCCCUCUGUUCAAGGUAUCACAAGGCUGGCAUCAAGGUGUUGGCCGGACUGAGUUCUCACCUGGAGACUCUUGGGAAAAAGAUCCACUUCCAAGUUCAUUCAAGUUGUUGACAGAAUCCAGUUCCUUAUACCUAUAUGAUUGAGGUCUCUGUUUUCUCACUGGUUGUUGCCCAGCAGUCACUGUAAACUUCUAGAGGCCACCUGCAUCCCUUCUCAAGCCAUCCCUUCCAUCUUCGAGCCAGCAAUCGUGUAUUGAAUUCUUCAUGUGCUUUGAAUAUCUGACUUCUGCAACCACCUGGAGAAAACUGUGCUUUUAGAGGUGCCUUUUUGAUUAGGACUAAAUGAUUGAAUUAAACUCAGUUUUUGCUGAAUUAAACUACUCCUUUUUACAAGCCUACAUGGGACUCUUUAUUUGUCUCGCUGCUCUCAGCAGAGUCAAACCAGACUUUUCACAGGCAUCUGUAGUUUGGCUCCUUAAUUGCUAGCAACCAUGGAACUGAGGGAGUUUCACUUUGCAGUCAAGCCAGGAUGUAAACGAAAUACACUCUAAGGAAGGGAAUCUUGACUCAGGUGUGUUUUGCAUAAAGUGGGCCUAAGAAAUAUUUCUUUAUGAUAAGGAUGUAAUUUAAAAAAUUGUUUUGAAAGGGUCCUGGAGCUCGUCUGAUCUAAAGCUUCCCAGACAACUUAAAAGGGUUUCUUUCCCUGAGACAUCUGGUUAGAGCUGCUUAACAUCCACCAGUGAUGUUUUAUGACCCCUCAUGACAGAUACAUGACUAUGAUUGAAAACCCCUCUAAUUAGUCCCUGAAAUCAAUUACUGUAAGCAUCUGUACCCAAUUAUCCAGUGGAAGUCCAUUGCCCACCUUCCAGCCUACCCUUCUUGUGACCUCAACCAAAAACUAACCAAUCAAUCGGCUGUAUUAUAAUUUCUUUGUCCUUGGACUAUAUCUGUUCCUGUUAGAAGUUCUGUCAUUGGAGUCAUCAGUUUUCCUUUAUGUGAGCUGGUGUCUCUCUGAAUUUCAAUGUACCUUUUUUUUUUUCUUUUUACUGAAUAAAUCUUCCUAAGCUUAUUUCAAGGGCUGAGUGGUUUUGCUGUCUACAACAAAGGGCUUGGUUGAUUAGAUCAGGCCUACCCAGGAUAAUCUUCCUUUUGCCAUAUAGUCUAACAUAAUCACAGGAGUGGUAUCUCAUAAUAUUCACCGUUCCCAUUCACACUCAAGAUUUUACAAGAUUAUACAUACGAGAUCAUGGGGGCAGUUAUCUUAGAAUUCUGUGUGAUAUGCUUUCUACUUGGUACCUCUUAUGACAUCAAUGUAAACUUAAGUAGUGAAUAAUAAAACAUAAAUGUGGUACAAUUGCUAGUGAUACUUAAUAUUUUUAUAAAAUUUAAGACAUACCACAUUGAGUAGAAGAAACAUUCAGCUGUUUUAUAAUAAACCUGAUGUAUGAAAAUAGAUUUUCACUUUUAUAAUGGUAUACUGUGUAAGAUUAUUUUAUGAAUUGCCUUUCUUUCAAACCAUACUUGUCUACUCCUGGAACAUUUAAAUUGUACAACACUAAACAGACCUAUCCAUUGGAUUAUAUUUUUUAUGAUUAGAAUAAAUCAAUUCUUAAAUACUGAUUUCUAAUAAAUCUUUCCAAAUAUUAUAAUUUAUAAUAGUCUUAUUUUUGUAAAUAUCCCAUUUCUUUAGCGUUCUCUUUGCUUUUAACUCCUGAUUUAUAAAACAAAAAGUCAGCUUUGUGCAUUACCUCAGCAUCCCAUUUUAAUUCACUCUUCUUGAAAUCAGAAUUUGUACAAGUUUAGAAGAUACUCACACAUCAGUAUGUUCAAUGUGGUUAUGAUGUGUGUGUUAAACUGGUAAGUAGAGGAAACUGUGAAGCAAUGAGGCAAUUUUUAUAAUCUUUUUCACCCUCAUGCAAUUACAUAAAUGUUAUCGUCACUAAAAAUAAAGAUUAUGAAAUUAGGUGACAGCCAGAAAGGUCAUUCAUGAACACGUCAGCAGUCAGCUGUAUUUAAAAUUAUUAAUGAAAUUGUCCAUAAUUGGAUCACAUCAUCAUCAAGUCCAAAAUAGAAAGGAAAAGCUGCCAUAUGUUAUUCCCUUGGACACAGACCCAUAUAUAUCAAAUGCUAAAGAGCUAAAGACCUAAGUGAUAUUUUGGAUGCCUUGAGUGCUUUGCGCUGAGAACUUGAAGAUUUCUCCACCUGUCCACUCAACUUCCUAAUCCCUUCAUUGCCCACUUUUUUCAAGCACCUACCCCUUUUCUUUCAUUUCUGUAGCUAAAAAAUUUGUCUGUCCAGAAUGAAUGAAUAUGUCCUUUCUUGUUUAAAAGAAGUUCCUAUUGAAAGGGUUUUGGAGCAAGCUCUGACAGUAAAACAACAUCCUGGGUUUCUAGAGAACAUAAUAGGGUAUAUUUCUCCUCAUGUUGGACUUCCCCAUGUAGCUGUUCUUACUUCCUUUAGAAAACAGUUGCCUCUUUUAUAGGUCUCUCCAGUUGUGUCCUUGAGACAUGUAGAGGCUGGACUUCUGAAGCCCACUUUUAUGGAGCUGCCAGAAAUCUCCAAAUCUACUUUAAUAUCACCUUCUUGUAACAGUCAUCUUAAGUCUCUUGGCUCAGGUCUUAAAACUUCCUACUCAGCCUAUUCCUGUGCUGUCAUCCACUUCCAGGAACCAUUUCACAGCUGAGUGAUACUACCUUAUUUCAAAAACUAUUUCAAAGUCAA